AUGUCUUCCUCCAUCUUUGGCGCGCCGCAGCCGGCCGCGAGCAACGUGCUUCUCCAGAUGAAGGCGGGCAAGCUCACCCAGAGCGGCACGACCGUCACGGCAGACCCGCGCAAGGGGCUGCUGCUGCUGCAAAAGUCUGACGACGACCUGAUGCACCUGAUAUGGAAGGAUCGCUCGAGCAACACGGUCGAGGACGACCUGAUCAUCUUCCAGGGCGACGCGACGCUCAAGCACCUGCCGCAGUGCAAGACGGGCUACGCGAUGCUCCUCGAGUUCACGACGGGGCGAAAGUCGCUCUUCUGCAUCUUGGGCAACAUCGCGCCACCGCCGCAGGUGCAGCCGCUCUCCCUCAACGCCGUGCUCGCGCCAGACGCGGCCCAAGCCCUCGUGGACGGGGAGAUGGAGCGGCGGCUGGCCGAGCACCUGCCACAGGGGGGGGCGGUGGCGGAGAGCGUCCGAGAGACGCUCGCCACACCGCAAAUCUCCCAGGCCGCCGCGCGGCUGACGGAGGCCCUCCACACGGGCGACGCGGCGGGCCUUGUGAUGGAGCUGGGCCUCAACCCAAACUAUGGCGGCCUCGGAGUCGAGCCCUUUCUCCGCGCCCUACAGGAGGCGACGCCCAAGCCGUCCGACGACGCCGCCGGAGGGUCGGAGGAGGAGAAGCCGGACGACAAGGACGGGCCGGCGCCGAUGGAGGAGUGA